CCCGCGGAGGGCAGCACGGCUAGAACCCACCCGCGGCCGCAGCUCCCGCGCGGACAUGGCUGCGGAGCCCGGGGAGCGGGCGGCGUUAGCCAUGCGCGCCUGACAGGUGCGGAGCAUGUACGGCAAGGCGGGCAAGGGCUGCGCGCCCUCGGACGGCCAGGCGCGCGAGAAGCUUGCGCUGUAUGUGUAUGAAUACCUGCUGCAUAUAGGUGCACAGAAGUCGGCUCAGACCUUCCUGUCCGAGAUCCGCUGGGAAAAGAACAUCACCCUGGGCGAACCCCCUGGCUUCCUGCACUCCUGGUGGUGUGUCUUCUGGGACCUCUAUUGCGCAGCGCCAGACCGCAGAGAAGCCUGUGAACAGACUAGUGAGGCCAAAGUCUUCCAGGACUAUAGUGCCGCAGCCCCCAAUCCUGUGAUGGGCGCCAUGGCCCCUAACGACCCGAUGGGGGCACCAGGCUUCUUUCAGCCCUUCAUGUCAUCACGGUUCCCAGGGGGUGCCCGGCCCACCCUAAGGAUGCCAGGACAGCCUCCUGUGGGCCUCCCUGGGUCCCAGCCCAUCAUCCCUGGUGCCAUGGACCCCUCCCCACGCGCACAAGCCCUCUUCCUAUGUCUUUGCCCAGGGCACCCCAGCCUGGGAGGCUCCAUGCAGAGAGUGACACCUCCGAGGAGCAUGGCCAGUGUUGGGCCCCAGGGCUAUGGAACUGGCAUGCGGCCCCCACCCAAUUCUCUUGCAUCCAACCAGGUUCUGCCAUCCAUGAACAUGGGUCCAGGGGUGCGUGGCCCGUGGGCCAGUCCCAGCGGUAACUCGAUCCCCUACGCUUCCUCAUCUCCUGGCAGCUACACGCAGGGACCCGCAGGAGGAGGCGCCCCCGGAACACCCAUCAUGCCCAGCCCUGGAGACUCCACCAACUCCAGCGAGAACAUGUAUACCAUCAUGAACCCCAUCGGGCCGGGCGCCGGCAGGGCUAACGUGAGUGGGGGCCGGUGCGCCUCACCCGACGGGGACCCCGCGGGGGGCGGCCGGCCCGAGCCCCACGCUGCCCUGUGCCCGCAGUUCCCGCUCGGCCCCGGCCCCGAGGGCCCAAUGGCCUCUAUGAGCGCAAUGGAGCCGCACCACAUGAACGGAUCCCUGGGCUCGGGUGAUAUGGACGGGCUGCCGAAGAACUCCCCUGGCGCUGUGGGCGGCCUGAGCAACGCCCCGGGGACCCCGCGCGACGACAGCGAGAUGGCGGCCGCCGGGACCUUCCUGCAUCCGUUUCCGAGCGAAAGCGUAAGCGCCUGCGUCGACUCCCCACCCGCGGCCGCGGCGGGCCGGAGGGGCCUGGCGGGCAGACCCCGGCGGGGCGGCCGCGGGGCCAGAGCAAGACCGUGACCGCGGAGGGCCAGUACUCCCCCGGCAUGACCAUGAGCGUGUGAUAGCCCUGGUCUGCGCCCAGUGUCCUGCUGGAGAGGUCUGGGGUCGCGUUCCACCCGGACUCCUGGCCAGCUCAGCCUGGAUGGCCGGCAGGGCCCCCCACGAAGGACUUUAUCAUUUUCUAAAACCACACACACACACACACACACACACACACACACACACACACACGCACACAGUGCAAGGACCUCAGAGAAGGGCAGGCCUUCUGAACUGUGCGCUGUCACGGGGCUGGAGAGGGGGUGGGGGGCACAGCCAAUAAACACCAUUCGAUUUUGUCUUUUUGGUA